CACGCAGGCUUAUCUAAUCAGAGCUUUCGAUCACGAUGGAAUUGGCGGAAGGAGAAGGAACUACAGAGGGGAAAAAUGACGUAGACAUCGCGAACACCGCUUCAUCACUCGGAGGCUCCGGCGUAUUCCAUAUCAUCAAUGACAUCGUCGGUUUCGUCCUCUAUAUGCACCAGCAGAUCCCUUCGGUAUUGCAAGACAUGAGUCUUGACUUUGAUGGAUUGCAAACAGAGUUUAUGGAUUUGGAGGCGCAUCUAACACAACCAGAAGUGAAGCCCUUGGCCAGAAGAAAACUUGUGAGUAGAAAAAGAGAGGUGAAGCAUGAAAUUAAGAAACUACAGAAACUGAUGAGCUCCAUCUCUAGUCUCCGAAGCGCUCUGCAGUUAAUGAUCCGUGAAGCUCCGGACAUUCAGAGAGUUGUGUUGAUCCUUGGUGGUAGUCCAUUACGGCCUCAGAAAGCUUACGAGUUGUUAUUCACACACAGUGAUAAUGUUCUGAGCUUCGAAGGUGACUUUUCAAAAGCAAAGCUACAGAAGCACUUUCAAAAAAGGUUUACUAUCCGAGCACUGAUCUCGACGGGUGCUGGAUCAACUUCCUGCCCAGGUCCAAUGAGGCUCUUCAUAUUGGUUCACGCUCCACCUUCUUUGAACCUUCCCCAGCAUUUCAUUCCUAAGCGUGACUUCAGAUACAACAGAAAGUUUGUGCCUCUAAAGUUGCGAUUCAAGUGCAGAGCUCAAGACGAGGCGACAAACUCUCCUCUCAACUCUGGCACAAAUGAUCUAAUAUGGUUUCAGUGUCGGCAUGUGAUAAAGGGAUUAGCUUUCCAGAAACCAGUUGACGAAUAAUUAGAAUUGCUUGAGUUUUGUGGUCACUGGUCUAUUGUAACUACACCCGCUUGCAGCUUUUGUAUCACAACUCGCCUUCAAAACCAAUAUUGAGAUUAUAUGUA